AUGGAAACGAGGGCCUGCGGAAGGCUUCCCAGCCACCGGGAGUCCGUUGAAAUUUGCCCCCAGGGACUACUGGUGUUCACCGGAUCUUCAGAACAGGACUCCACCUUGGCCAAGCAGUUCUGGAUCGCCGCGUCCCUGUACCCUCCUAACGAAUCGCAGCUCGUGCUGCCCCGAGGUAGCAGUCAGCGCCUGCCAGUGGCCCGGCCCUCUAGGCGCCGUCCACAGGAGACUAUAGAUGUCACUGCUGAAACCAGAAAGAUUGAGGAAUCUGAGGAGAAAAAAAAGUAUCUCCAAAAGCAGGCUAAAAGGAGAGAUGAGAUUCUCCAACUCCUAAGAAAACAAAGAGAAGAAAGGAUCUCGAAAGAACUGGUUUCCCUUCCUUAUAAGCCAAAGGCCAAAGUACACAAAGCAAAGAAAGUGAUGUCAGAGUCAGAUAAGGAAGACCAAGAGGAGGUCAAAGCCUUGGACUAA